CUUACACCUGGAAAUCAAAUAUAAGGACAGCUGUGGUGGGAGUUCAGUGGGGAAGCUCGGAUUUACCUGGAGGCUCCGAAUGCACCCCCCUCCCAGCAAUUUGGCAACCACUAACCAAACUUCUGCAACCAAAGUUUUCUUAAGUUUGGCUUCCUCCAGGCCGCGCUCAAGCCCAGCGCACUGUGCUCUCUCCUCACGCCGGUCCCCGCCCCCCACCCCUUUUCCACCUUCUUCCACACCAGGUCCAGCCAUGGAGUUGCGUUCGGAGCUGCCCAGCGUGCCCGGCGCGGCGACUGCUGCAGCGACAGCCACAGGGCCGCCCGUAGCCUCGGUGGCGUCCGUGGCGGCUGCGGCGGCUGCGGCCGCUUCGCUACCAGUGAGCGUGGCUGGAGGCUUGCUGCGGGCGCCGCCGCUGUUGCUGAGGGCCGCGGAGAAGUACCCGCGGACCCCCAAGUGCGCGCGCUGCCGCAACCACGGAGUGGUAUCGGCGCUCAAGGGCCACAAGCGCUACUGUCGCUGGAAGGACUGCCUGUGCGCCAAGUGCACGCUCAUCGCAGAGCGCCAGCGCGUCAUGGCCGCACAGGUGGCGUUGCGCAGGCAGCAGGCGCAGGAAGAGAACGAGGCACGCGAGCUGCAACUGCUCUAUGGCACUGCCGAGGGCCUGGCGCUGGCCGCCGCCAACGGCAUCAUCCCACCACGGCCCGCCUACGAAGUCUUCGGCUCCGUGUGCGCCGCGGACUCCGGGGGGCCGGGAGCUGGAGCGCCCGCAGGGACCGGAGGUGGCACCGCGAGCGCGGGGGGCGCAGAGGCCAAGUUGCAGAAGUUUGACCUGUUUCCCAAGACGCUGCUUCAGGCUGGCCGCCCGGACAGUCCGCCGCCGCCAGUGAAGCCCCUGUCGCCUGACGGCGCGGACUCGGGUCCCGGGACCUCGUCCCCGGAGGUGCGGCCCGGCUCAGGCUCGGAAAACGGCGACGGCGAGUCCUUUUCCGGGUCGCCUCUGGCCCGGGCCUCCAAGGAGGCAGGGAGCAGCUGCCCCGGUAGCGCGGGCCCCGGCGGUGGCGGCGAGGAGGACAGCCCCGGCUCCGCCAGCCCCCUGGGUUCCGAGUCCGGCUCCGAGGCUGACAAAGAAGAGGCCGAGGCCGCACCGACCCCAGGCCUGGGUGGAGGCCCGGGGCCGCGGCAGCGGACGCCACUGGACAUCCUGACGCGUGUCUUCCCCGGCCAUCGGAGAGGCGUGCUGGAGCUGGUGCUGCAGGGCUGCGGCGGCGACGUGGUGCAGGCCAUCGAGCAGGUGCUCAACCACCACCGCGGAGGCCUGGCUGCGGGCCUGGGCCCCACGGCGCCCCUGGAGAAGGCCGCGGUGAGCGCGGCGGUGGAUGACGCGUGGCCGGGCCGCGUGGACGCCGCUGCCGCCGGGGGUCCGGGGCUGCCCGCGCCUCUGCAGGCCGGGCCGGCGCCCCCGCACCACAGACCCUUGCUGGCCGGAGCCAUGACACCCGGCGCGCUGGGCUCGCUCGGCAGCCGCUCGGCCUUCUCGCCGCUGCAGCCCAACGCCAGUCACUUCGGGGCGGACGGGGGCGCCUACCCGCUGGGGGCGCCUCUGGGCCUCAGCCCGCUGCGCCUGGCCUACUCGGCGGCGGCGGCGCACAGCCGCGGCCUGGCCUUCAUGGCGCCCUACUCCACCGCGGGCCUGGUGCCCACGCUCGGCUUCCGCCCGCCGAUGGACUACGCCUUCAGCGAUCUCAUGCGCGACCGCUCGGCCGCCGCCGCCGCCGCGGUGCACAAGGAGCCGGGCUACGGGGGCGGCCUGUACGGGCCGAUGGUCAACGGCACCCCUGAGAAGCAGUAGAAGGGCCCGGCGGCCCCCGAGCCUUCGCCCAGCCGGGUCCCCACGGCCGCAGGCGCCUCUUCGCCCGGGCCUGUGUCCUCUC